AUGCUCUACUCCGGCUACUAUAACCUCCACGUCGCCAACCAGCACAACGCGCAGCAAGCCUACUCGCGCAACGGUUCGGCCGCCAACACCUCCCGCCGCAACAGCGUGAAGUCCGAGGCCUCCUCUUCGUCCCAAGAGGCUCAGAAGCAACAGCCCGAGCGCCGCCGCUCCUCCAUCAAGCGCGCGCUCGACAUGCUCCGCCCCACCGAGGAGCCCGUGACCGUCGAGGGCAUCUACAGCCCCGUCAUCAAGCAGGGCGGUUUCUUCUCCAAGAAGGACAAGAAGUCCAACAAGAAGGAGAAGAAGGCCAAGAAGGAGAAGAUGGUCUGGAACAUGUCGCGCGCCCAGUAUGAGCUGAUCUCUGCUGCCGCAUAA